GCAAAACCAACAAAAGUGACUUCCCAUCCACAACCCUAAACCAACCUACUUUAUUUUCAUCUUAACACUUCUCUUUUUUCCUCUUAUAAAAUCCUCAUCUACAUCUUCUUCAGUUUGCGUAAAUAUUGUUCAUGGUGAUUAUUAAAAACCAGUAAAACUACCACUUCAAUCCUUAUUAGAGCUCAAUUACAGUUUUUAUCUUUUAUCGAAGAUUUUAGUUAUUAAUUUAUGGAGGAAACUGGGGGUGGUGGCUGUAGCGAUGAUGCAAGGACGUGUCCUAGAGGACACUGGAGACCAGCCGAAGAUGAAAAACUCCGGCAGCUUGUUGAACGGUAUGGUCCACAGAACUGGAACUCGAUUGCUGAGAAGCUUCAAGGACGAUCAGGAAAGAGUUGCAGACUAAGGUGGUUCAAUCAACUUGACCCCAGAAUUAACAGAAGGCCAUUUACAGAAGAAGAAGAAGAAAGGCUUUUGGCAGCUCAUCGUGUACAUGGAAACCGAUGGGCUCUCAUAUCAAGGUUAUUUCCUGGGAGAACUGAUAAUGCUGUCAAGAAUCAUUGGCAUGUUAUCAUGGCAAGAAAGCAAAGGGAAAAAUCGAAAAUUUGCGAAAAGGAAGGGUGCCACGAUGAUUUACAUAGUCGUAAUCUAAAUACUACUGAGAAAGGAGUACAUCAAAGAGACGCAAACUCGACAAAGUAUUCUGCUUCGAUCUCUUUCUCUACUAGCUAUAGUCAGUUUAAGCAAUUCCAGAAUUUAAACAAAGAGAGGAAUUCUUCAUGGAGUUUUACGAGUCCUACGUCCACCAUGAUAGCCACCCAUAAUAGAUCUUUGUCUUCAAUAGAUUUAAGUUUAACUGCACGACGAGAGGAUACAGAUUUUUGCAGUUCUAGAUUACAUCAUCAUAGCUUAUCAGACCAGCAUACUGCUUUCCAAAACUAUUUAUCAUGUUCUAAUGGAGGCCAUAGGGACACUCGUGCAUACGGGCAGCAAUGUCACCAUAGGGUUAUAUUUUCGAGUCCCUUUCAAAGCACUACUCAUGAUGCUGUGCUUAAGAGGGAGUUAUUGGUAAGUUCCAAGAACAACAUGCAGACACAGGUUAAGGCGAUAACGACUUUGGAGAAACAUAAAGAAGAAGACGAAACAACCGAAUACAAGGAUGAUCAUGUACCCUUCAUAGAUUUUCUUGGCGUGGGUAUUUCGUCUUGAUUAUCAACAUUUUUAUAAUUAAUAUAUAGGGUUUCUUGUAUAUGUGCACC